CUUUAAAAUUAUAUUUAUUAUCAAUUAAUAAUAAUAAUUAUGAAAAUAAAAAAUUAUUUUCUAUGUACCAAUUAAUCAAUAUUAUUAUUUCGAAAUAUUUAUUAUCAUUUUAUUAUUAUAAGGAUAUUAUUUUAAAUAAAAGAAAUUUGAUUGUGAAGGAGUUUAGAGAUUUGGAAAGUUUACAUGUAAUGUCACAUAAUCAGGUUGAAAAUUUUAAUGGGUUGAAAAUAAAUAUAUGCAAAGAUGAAAUAAACGUUAUGGAAAAUUAUUUUAAUUUACAAAGUAAAAGUUUUAAUGAAAAUCAAAUAGAAAAGAAAGAAUUAGUAGAACUAAAUAACUUAGGUUAUUAUUAUCAAUAUGGGAUAGGAAAAAAUAAAGAUGAAUUUAAAGCAUUUGAAUGUUACUUAAAAUCAGCAGAAGGAGGAAAUUCUGAUGCACAAAAUAACUUAGCUUAUUGUUAUCAAAAUGAGAUCGGAACAAUAAAAGAUGAAAAGAAAGCAUUUGAAUGGUAUUUAAAAGCAGCUAAUAAAGGUGAUUUACACGCGCAAUAUAAUUUAGGUAUUUGCUUCCAGAAUGGAAUAG